AUGUAUGUGGUCGUAUAACCUUCAACUCUUUACUGAACUUGGCUGGUGCAUUUUGUGGAGUAAAAACAAACACCUGUUCUCCACUCCACUAAAUCUCUGUUUACAAAGCAAAUAUUUUGUAUCGAUUCAGGCAUAAAUUGGAAAUAAUAAUCUCAAGAUGACAGUGUCUUAUACUGUCGAUAGUAAAUUUGGGGCCGCCAUCCGACCCCUCCUCCUGCGAUGGAAGGGUUCAAUUUUUAAGCUAGUUUGGCCAGAUUUACUCGUAUUUCUAACUCUUUACUACGGAAUAAGUGGGAUUUACCGGUUUCUACUGAAUUCUGAACAAAAGAGGACUUUUGAGAAAGUUUCGACAUACUGUGAAAAAUACGGGACCCUGAUUCCGGUUAGUUUUGUGUUGGGAUUCUACGUUUCGCUCGUGAUUGGGAGGUGGUGGGCACAGUACAAGUUGAUCCCGUGGAUUGACACCGUCGCUAUGUGGGUGAAUACCUCGAUUAAAGGGAUAGAGGAGGAGGAGCGGUUGCUUAGGAGGACAAUAGUGAGAUAUGUUUGUCUCUCGAUUACACAGUGUUUUACGUUGAUAAGCAGACAGGCGAAGAGAAGAUUUCCGACCUUAGACCACCUCGUUGCCGCCGGUCUCCUCCUUGAGGCUGAGAAGCACGAUCUGGAGGACAUUAUUGCCGGAAUUCCUAAAUAUCAAACGCACUGGAUCCCCCUCGUGUGGGCGACAAGUUUAGUCGCGCAGGCACGUGCGGACGGAAAGAUUGUUAGCGACACCUUCGUGAAAAGUCUGACUGACGAGAUACACAAGAUAAAGGACAACUGCAAUCUCCUACUUUCGUUCGAUAGAAUAAGGGUGCCCCUAGUUUAUGCCCAAGUGGUCACACUGGCAGUCUACUCGUACUUUUUGUCUUGCCUGAUGGGAAGACAGUGGAUGCAGGUGAAGCCGGGGAGUGAUUCGGAUGGGAGGACAGUUCCCAAAACUGCUGGGAAAUACGGAGUGGAAGAAUUGGACUUGAUCCUACCAAUCUUUACAAUUCUGCAAUUUCUAUUUUACAUCGGAUGGUUGAAAGUGGCUGAGAGUUUGGUCAACCCCUUUGGAGAUGGGGAUUAUGAUUUCGAACUGAACUGGAUGGUCGAUCGUCAUUUGCAGGUUGCGUACACAAUUGUGGAUAAGAUUCACUAUAAAUCUCCCAUUUUACGGAAGGAUCCCUACUGGGAGGAGAUAAUUCCGCCAGAAAUGCCGCACACGGUCGCCUCCAUGAAGUCCCACACGGAUCCACCGGCGACAUCCACAGCGGAGAUUAAAGUCUCGCCGAAAGGGAAGGAAAUCGUGGUGGCGCCAUCUCUAAUUAAUAUUGCGACGAUUGCAAAAACUAACAUCAAAUUUAAACGGGGCGGUGCCAAAGCGGCCGAGAAAAGCUUGUUGGCGGACAAAUCUGACGCAAUGAAGGAAUAUGAUGAGGCCACGGCAGGUUUGGAAGAUAGCGAGGAUGAGGUAAAGAUUGUGAAUGAAAAGGCUUAAUUUUCUUAUUGUAUUAACUGUUAAAUAAAUAUGGGAGAUGACGGUCUUUGAAUACAUGAUAAUGACUUUAAUAAAUAAUAUGUAACCGGUG